AUGGAGAGGACGAACACCCAGACAACACAACAAUACAUCACUGCGCUCAAAUUUUCGAACAAAGAAAUGCUGGAGAACCAAGUACAGAUACAACCUGUCAUUGAGGGACUAUUAGCCCAAAUGAACACACUGAAAGAAGAAAAUGAUGUGCUUAGAAAACAAUUAGAAGUAUUGGUCGCAAGUUCUGAAGAGAAACUAAAACAACAAGACAAUAACGACCAACUGGACGAACUGGGACGCCAGAUUAACUUAUUGAAAAAAGACUGUGAAGAAAAAGAUGCGAUGAUAAGACAGCUCCAUCACAAAAAUGCGCUUGACGAAGAAUCAUUUAACACGCAAAAGGAGGACCUCAUUGCGCAAAUCGAACACUAUAAAAACACUGUAGUCAAUUUGCAGAGUGAAGUUGAUAGACACACACAACUGUUUGCCAACGAGACCACACAAAUACAAUUGCUCUCAAAACAACUUGAAGACAUGAAAAAGGAGAAGAAAAUGGUGGAGAUGGUGAAUGGGUACAACACAUCGUUACAAGAUUUGACUCUGCAGAUCACCAACUUGCGAGCGGAACUCAGCGCCAAGCCGAAGAUGGUAAUGUCAACAUUUACAAAGGAGAAGUGUACCAAAGAGAUGAGUGGCAUAGUCGAGGAAAGUGAAAUAGAAAAGGGGAUAGAUCUUCGAUUGUCUCCAAUUAGGGUACGCCCCAAAUCGCCGAAGAGUGUUGUUUUACUGAGUGGACUAUCUCCGGAGACAAAGGGUAAAAUCCAAAGUGAAGUACAAAUGAGAAACAAAAUACUUGCACCAAAAUAUUCGAGUGCUGUCACACACGUUGUCGUGUCGUCCAAAUUAACGAUGGCAGCCGUGCAAGCACUCGUUGAAGGAAAAUGGGUUGUCUCCAAAAAUUGGGUUCUUGAGGGGAUGAGAA